CUCUAUCGACCGUGGGCCCCAGAGCCCCAGCUCCUAGCCACCCCUUGCCCUUCAUCUACCGCUACCGCGAUGCAAGAGAAAGCUGAAAUCGAGCGCGAGACAACAGACAAUGCCCCGAGUAACUGAGAAUCGGUGGGAAUUGGCGAAAUCGCGAUCCGAGCGGGCGAAGCGCGAAGACCGCGGAGGGAGACAGACAGGGUGGGUGCAGUUAUCUAUCUACACCAAGCUGGAGGUGGGAACCAAAAAGAAGUAGUGGAGCUUGCCAACUGACUACCGACCAGUAAAUUACCCGCCCACUAGGAAUCUACUUUAUCAGACAUUCUGGGCUUUCCUCGAGCGGAGUUUCUCUCCAACGAAGCUCCUCACCGUCUCCUCUUGAUUGCCCCUUGACCCUUCAUCCUCCCUUCCCAAGCCACCUGGUCCAAGUUAGUGCGGGCUCAAUAAAUGGGCGUCCUACAAGGGGAAGAAAGCAAAGCUCCUCCAUGCUCAUGUUCAUGUUCGUUAUGGGUGGCAU